AUGUAUCAGAAGAGCUUGAAACAUCUUAUAAUAUUAGAAGUGAGGAAGUCCUCAAAUAAUGUGCCCAAGAUGUUGGCAAACUUAGUGAAACACAACAAAACCAUCUCCUUUGUUCCUUGCGUUAUGCAGACAUUUUUGUAUUCAGGUUUUGCUGCUACAGAGUGCCUGCUUUUGGUAGUGAUGUCCUAUGAUAGGUUUGUGGCGAUCUGCCACCCCCUCCAGUACACUGUCAUCAUGAACUGGAGAGUGUGUAUAGUUCUGACUUUCACAUCUUGGUCAGGUGGAUUUAUUCUGUCUUUGGUACAGGUGAUUCUCCUUCUCAGGUUGCCCUUCUGUGGGCCCCGGGAAGUGAACCACCUCUUCUGUGAAAUUCUGUCUGUCCUCAAGCUGGCCUGUGCUGACACCUGGAUCAACCAAGUGGUUAUCUUUGCUACCUGUGUGUUUAUCUUAGUCGGGCCUCUCUGCUUAAUGCUACUCUCCUACAUGCACAUCCUCUGGGCUGUCCUAAAGAUCCAGUCAAAGGAAGGCCGAAUAAAGGCCUUCUCCACCUGCCUCUCCCACCUCUGUGUGGUUGGACUCCUCUUUGGCAUCGCCAUGGUGGUUUAUAUAGUCCCGGAUUCCAAUCAACGAGAAGAGCAGGAGAAAAUACUGUCCCUGUUUCACAGUCUGUUUAACCCCAUGCUGAACCCCCUCAUCUACAGCCUGAGGAAUGCUCAGGUGAAGGGCGCCUUGUAUCGAGCACUGCAGAAGAAGAGGUCCAUGUGA